AUGGCGCCAACGAAUGAGAAACAAAAAUUGGAAAUAGCAAAAGCUCUUGAGCAAAAUGAACUCAAAGUUGGCGAUAAGGGUUAUUUACUAUCAUUUAGAUGGUUUUCAAAAUGGAAGAAAGUCACAGGAUUUGAAAAUGAAGAAAUUGAUCCUGAAAUUAAACUUGGUGAAAUAGAUAAUAACCAUUUACUCGAUAAAGAUCAAAUAAAAAUCACAAUCAUGGAUAAUUACGAUUAUAUUUGCAUUCCUGAAGCUGUUUAUAAAUUAUUUUUUGAUUGGUACGGUGGCGGGCCAGAAAUUACUGUCGAAAUGAUCAAUAGCCCAGCUACAAAUACACCAGUACCGUUAAUCAUAAAAUGGCACCUUAAAAUCAUUUUUUCAGACCAAGAAUUCGAAAUUUUAACAAAUCGAUACGAAUACGUCCGAGAUAUUAAAAAGCGAGCAUGCGAACACUUUGGAAUCAAUUCUGAUGCCACAUAUCUCGUAGAUUACUGGAAUAAGAACGUUUUAUCCAUAUUUCGAGAUGAUUUUUACUUAGAACAAUGUUAUAUCAUUAAUACGCAAGAAAUACUAUUAAAACUUAAAACAGACAAUAGAAAUACAUCAUCUAGAGGCAAAUUUACCAUUUCCAGAACGAAUUCUUCGAUGUCAUCUGGAAUUACGCCAAUUAUAGCAACACCACAAACAUUAGGACACGUAGGAUUAGAUAAUAUAGGUAAUACAUGCUAUAUCAACUCUUCUCUUCAAGUUUUAGCGCACACAGAAUUAUUAUUUCAGUAUUUCGAGUCCGGAUUAUGGCGGAGAGAGUUAAAUGAGCAGAAUCCGAAAGGAACAGGUGGAAUCGUUGCUCAUCAGUUCGCGCAAUUGAUAAAUGACAUCUGGACAAAGAAACAAAAAGUUAUUUCCCCGUAUGACUUGAAAAACUCGAUAGGAAAAUUCCAUCCACAAUUUAAUAACAGCCAACAACAGGAUUCGCAGGAAUUUUUGCUUUGUUUAUUGUCAGAUUUGAGUGGAGAUUUAAAUCGAGUUACAAAAAGGUGCUACAUCGAAGGAGUUGUUGGUGAUGGCACGAAUGAUAAUGAAACAGCAGAUUUGGCAUGGAAAAGGCAUAAACUUCUGUUUGAUUCUGCUAUUGUUGAUAUAUUUCAUGGACAAUUACGAACAGAAGUGAAAUGCGAUGAAUGCGGAAACAAGAAAGUUGUUUUUGAUGCUUAUUCUUCACUUUCUAUCCCGAUUUCGAAGACAAGUCUCGAAACAAUCAGAUAUAUGUACAUUCCCGCUGAUCUUAAGCGGCCAAGAUACAUUGUAAAGAUAUUAGUAAGUGAAGAUCAAGAAAUAGAUGACAUUUUUGAUGACGCACAAACGAGAUUUAAAGCAGAAGAUUUAUAUAUCUUUCCAAGAGAUUUUCUGUCAUCGGAAUUCAAAAUAACUGCAUCUAAAACCGUCAAAAAGAUUGAUUUUUAUGCAAUUGAACGUUCUUGCAGUUCAAUGCAAGUUUUAAUGAAUAUUGUCGUUCCAAAAUCAAAAGUUCGUGGACAAUUCGAGGUCCUUGAUGGUCCAAUACUUAUAGAAGCACCUUCAAAGUCCAAAAAACUUGAAGAAAUCGUUGAAGAAAAAAUUAAAUUUAUUUAUGAGAAAUCUAAGUAUCCGACAACGGACAAAAUGAGAGCUUUCGAGCAAUCAUUGACACAUUCAUCAGAAAUAGAUUUCAAAAACCAGAAAUUUUCGAUAAAAUUGAAUUUUAAUUCGAAUUUUGAUGAAGAAAACGAUGAAUACGGAGAUAUAAGCAACCAAAGUAUCAAAGUCAUAUUAAAUCCCGAAUUUACUAAAGAAUCAUUAGGAUUUAACUGGGGAUCUUUAUGCCCACUCGAUUACGGUUAUGAUGGCUCUUUUCCAUGUAACCAAACAGAUUACGGGCUUGAAGAAUGGAUAAAACAAAUGUCAUUUCCUCAAAAACUCGAGAAUUUCAACAAAUGGUUUUGUCCUCACUGCAAAAAGUUCGUAAAUGCGGUUGUAAAUGCUACAAUAUGGUCUGUUGCUGAUGUUCUCAUUAUGCAACUGCAGAGAUUUACACAAGAAAACGGAGAAUAUAAAAAAUUAAACGUUGUUGUUGAUUUUCCAACAGAAAUCGACAUGUCUCCUUAUUUAGUCGGACCUCAAAAGGAUAAAGAACAGAAAUAUAGGCUUUACGCCUAUAUUAAUAUUAAUAUUAAUCAUAUAGGAACUCUAAAUGGAGGCCAUUAUACAGCAAAUAUCUUUGAUUCUACCGAUGAAAGUUGGUAUACGUAUAAUGAUGAGGCUGUUUAUAAGGCUUCAUCAAAUACAAAGUCUUCUAAUCCUUAUAUUUUGUUCUAUAAACGAAUAAAGGUAGUCUCACGAGAAAACUGA